UUGUUUCCUCUUCCUCCGUCGCCGACCGCCCCCGCCCCCGCCGACGACCCCCCCGCCCUCCGAUCCCGCCGGGCCCCGCCUCCGCCCCUCCCCCGCCGGCCCUCUCCCCGCUGCCAUGGUGGGCGCGUGGAAGCUGGUGCGGAGCGUGAGGCAGCUGGAGCUCCACCGCCUCAUCCUGGCGCUCAUCGUCUUCUGCCUGCUCUCCAUGGCCUUCCUGGCCUACUACGUCAGCAACAGCCCCAAGAUCAAGGAGGCGCCGCCCCUCCCCUUCAGCGACUGCGGGGCGGCGGCGCCGGGCGGGGCGCAGCGGGCGCCCCUCUUCCUGCCCGCGCAGGCCAGCCGCCGCUUCAUCAAGGCCGUGGACAACUCGCGCACCGAGCCCGUGGUGCUGGUGUUCGUGGAGAGCAUCUACUCCCAGCUGGGCCAGGAGAUCGUGGCCAUCCUGGAGUCCAGCCGCUUCAAGUACCGGACAGAGAUCGCCCCGGGGAAGGGCGACAUGCCCACGCUGACGGAGCGCGACCGGGGCCGCUACGCGCUCGUCAUCUACGAGAACAUCCUCAAGUACGUCAACCUGGACGCCUGGAACCGCGACCUGCUGGACAAGUACUGCGUGGAGUACGGCGUGGGCAUCGUGGGCUUCUUCAAGGCCAACGAGAACUCGCUGCUGAGCGCCCAGCUCAAGGGCUUCCCCCUCUACCUGCAUUCCAACCUGGGGCUCCGGGACUACCGCAUCAACCCGGCCGCCCCGCUGCUCUACAUCACCCGCGCCAACGAGGUGGAGCAGGGCCCGCUGCCCGGCGACGACUGGACCGUCUUCCAGUCCAACCACAGCACCUACGAGCCGGUGCUCCUGGCCAGCACCAAGUCGUCGGAGUCGCUGCCGCACGCGGGGCCCCAGCGGGCCGCCCACGCCACCGUGGUGCAGGACCUGGGCCUGCACGACGGCAUCCAGCGGGUGCUCUUCGGCAACAACCUCUCCUUCUGGCUGCACAAGCUCGUCUUCGUGGACGCCAUCGCCUACCUGACGGGCAAGCGGCUCUGCCUGUCUCUGGAGCGCUACCUCCUGGUGGACGUGGACGACAUCUUCGUGGGCAAGGAGGGCACCCGCAUGAAGGUGUCCGAUGUGGAGGCUCUCCUCAACACCCAAAACAAACUACGAACACUGGUCCCCAAUUUCACCUUCAACCUGGGCUUCUCCGGAAAGUUCUACCACACUGGCACGGACGAUGAGGACAGGGGCGACGACAUGCUGCUGCGGCACAGAAAGGAGUUCUGGUGGUUCCCCCACAUGUGGAGCCACAUGCAGCCGCACCUCUUCCACAACGUCACCGUGCUGGCAGAGCAGAUGCGGCUCAACAUGCUGUUCGCUCAGGAGCACGGGAUUCCCACAGACAUGGGCUACGCUGUCGCCCCCCACCACUCAGGGGUGUACCCCGUCCACAGCCAGCUCUACGAGGCCUGGAAGUCGGUGUGGGGGAUCAAGGUGACCAGCACAGAGGAGUACCCCCACCUGAGGCCUGCCCGGUACCGCCGCGGCUUCAUCCACAGCGGCAUUCAGGUUUUGCCCAGGCAGACGUGCGGUCUCUUCACUCACACCAUCUUUUAUAAUGAAUACCCCGGAGGCUCCAGAGAGCUGGACAAGAGCAUCCGCGGGGGGGAGCUCUUCCUCACUGUUUUGCUAAACCCGAUAAGCAUCUUCAUGACUCACCUGUCCAACUACGGGAACGACCGGCUGGGCCUGUACACCUUCGAGUCGCUGGUGAAGUUCGUGCAGUGCUGGACCAACCUGCGCCUGCAGACCCUGCCCCCGGUGCAGCUGGCCGAGAAGUACUUCCAGAUCUUCCCGGAGGAGAGGGACCCCUUGUGGCAAAAUCCCUGCCACGACAAGAGACACAAAGACAUCUGGUCCAAGGAGAAGACCUGUGACAGGCUGCCCAAAUUCCUGGUGAUCGGUCCACAGAAAACUGGCACGACGGCGCUACACUCCUUCCUCACCCUCCACCCGGCCAUCACCGGCAACUUCCCCAGCCCGACCACCUUCGAGGAGAUCCAGUUCUUCAACGGGCCCAACUACCACAACGGCAUCGACUGGUACAUGGACUUCUUCCCCUUCCCCUCCAACGCCAGCACAGACUUCAUGUUCGAGAAGAGCGCCAACUACCUGGACUCGGAGGUGACCCCGAGGAGGGCGGCCGCCCUGCUGCCCAGAGCCAAGAUCCUGGCGCUGCUCAUCAACCCGGCCGACCGGGCGUACUCCUGGUACCAGCAUCAGCGAGCUCACCAGGACCCCGCUGCCCUCAACUACACCUUCCACCAGGUGGUGACGGCCGGGCCCUCCGCCUCCCCUGAGCUCCUGACCCUGCAGCGCCGCAGCCUGGCCCCCGGGGCCUACGCCACACACCUGGAGCGCUGGCUGCAGCACUACCCACCCAGCCAGCUGCUGAUAGUGGACGGUGCCCAGCUACGCACUAACCCUGCACUGGUGAUGGAGGGAGUCCAGAGGUUCCUGGGGGUGACUCCCAUCUUCAACUACACCCAGGCACUGGCGUUCGAUGAAAGUAAAGGUUUCUGGUGCCAGAAGCUGGACGGGGGUCGGCCCAAGUGUUUGGGAAAGAGCAAGGGCAGGAAGUACCCGGACAUGGCGGCGGAGACCCGCUCCUUCCUGACGGAGUUCUACCGCGAGCACAACAUGGAGCUGCUGAAGCUGCUGAACCGCCUGGGCCAGGGCCUGCCCACCUGGCUGAGGGCGGAGCUACAGAACACCAGCUGGAGCUGAGGUCGGAGCGCGCACCGCGUCC